CCUUUCUCCUCCGUGCACCGGCGGUCUCAGAUUAAUGGCUACCAGCUCCGGCGGUGGUGCCACACCAUUGAAGCCCCCAGCUCAACCUCCCAAAUCCAUACCCGAACUUACCCCCACAAGCCAAAAUCAAAAGCUCCAACCGCUCGAAUUAUCUCCAAAUCCCAUCACUCCUCCCAACCUCACCUCCGCCCCUCCCAUUCCCACCGCCGAUUCCAAACAACCCACCACUCCCGCAACCGUCAAUUCGCGGCCGCGUGAACCUGAUUUCGAUGUCAUCCAUGUUCCUAGUUAUUCCAGGUGGUUUUCUUGGAACGACAUCCAUGAAUGUGAGGUACGAAUUCUCCCAGAAUUUUUUGAUGGGAAGUCACCAUCUAAAACCCCAAAGGUUUAUAAAUACUACAGGAAUGCAAUAGUUAAAAGGUUCAGAGACAGUAUCAUCGAGAACCCGCCAUCUAAAGAGAACCCUAUGCCGAAGAUUACAUUCACCGAGGCUCGGAAGUCAAUUAUUGGUGACGUGGGGUCAGUACGGAAGGUUUUCGAUUUCUUGGAGGCAUGGGGUUUGGUCAAUUACUUUGGUUCGCCUUUGACAAAGGCUCAGUUGAAAUGGGAAGAUAAAGAGAGUAAGAAUGUUUCUGCAGCUUCACAGCAGAACAGUGAUAACGGAGGAGCUAAUUCGGUUGGUGAUGCCAGUGUUCCAAAGAAGAAAUUUUGCAGUAGUUGCAAUUCUCUUUGCACCAUUGCUUGCUUUUCUAACAUAAAGAAAGACACCACAUUUUGUGCACGGUGCUAUGUUCGUGCUGGAGUUAACUCUGCAGAUUUUAAGAGAGUGGAGAUCAGUGAAGAGGUAAAGACAGAUUGGACAGAGAAAGAAACUUUGCACCUUCUAGAAGCCGUUAUGCAUUAUGGUGAUGACUGGAAGAAGGUAUCUGAGCAUGUCGUUGGUAGAAGUGAAAAAGAAUGUGUAGAUCGUUUUAUUAAGCUUCCUUUUGGAGAGCAAUUUACUGGGCCUCCUGAUUCAAUUGAGCCUGAGGAAAACGUUCAUAAAGCUAUGGAUCGAUUUGAUAUUGAAUCCAAUCCGAGCAAAAAAAUGCGCCUAACGCCAUUUGAUGAUGCAAGUAACCCCAUCUUGGCUCAGGCUGCUUUUCUUUCAACAUUGGCGGGCGUAGAGGUUGCAGAAACAGCUGCUUCUGCAGCUGUAAAGGCUUUGACAGAAGUCAACAUCGAAACAAGUAAAGAAAUUCUUGAAUCGUCUGCUGGUGAUGCAAGAGAUCAUGAUUCUGUAACCACAAAUGGUAAGAGCAACACGAAUUUGUUGGAAGGAGCUUAUCUUGAGGCAAAGUUGCAGCUUGAGAAGGAAGAGCAGGACUUGGAGAGAACAAUUUCUGACAUUGCUGAAGUUCAGGCCAAGAAUAUCCAUGAUAAGAUUGUUCGUUUCGAGGAGCUUGAACUACAAAUGGAGAGAGAAUGGCAACAACUACGACAAAUGCAGAAUCUGCUGUUUGCCGAUCAGCUAACGCUUUUGUUUCACAAGAAAGACGGGAAUGAAAGUAUGGAACAGAAAGUUAAAACCGAAUUAUCUUGACUUGUACAAUACUUCUUGAAUCUUGUUAUAAUCUUUCAUUUCCAUCUUGAUUUUGUGAUUAGGGUUUUGAUUAGUGUAGAUGCAAUGCACAACAUGAUUGAAGAUUUAAGAAACUUCUGUAG